AUGGCCCGCACGCCAUGCCUGUCCUGUGCUGUCUCCCUGGUCCUGGUCGGCCGGAUGGCUGUGGCAUUUUGUGAUUUCCACAUGGUGACAUGGCCAUCUCGUCAUCUCAUCUCAGUCCACUCCACCGCACUCGACGCCGUCCCCCCCGCCUCCCUGUCGCGCGCCGUCGGUAGCGAGCUGCGAGUGCGAGCACCGCAUGGGCUGAGGGCUAUUCGAGGCCCCGGGUGCGACACUGUGCCACGCCUACUUUCUACUUACUACACCACUCUCUUGCCAGCAGUAGCUGAUGUGUGGUUCUGGAUCCUGUCUCCCGCGACCAGUGCCUGGCUCGAGCUGUCCCCAGGAAACCACGCAUCGUUUUCGUCACGGGCCCUGCGCGCCUUGGCACGCCACCCACCAGCCACACCACCGGAUCCGCGUGGCGCUGCUCCUCCUGGCACUGGCACUGGCACUGGCACGCAACACGUGCAUGCAUGCAUCCAUACCACCACCACUACUGUACUCGUAUGCCUUGCUUGGCCUCGUCUGCAUGCCAUGCCACGGUAG